AUGGUUUCUCUCGUGGCCAAGCCUCCUGGUGAGGAGGGCAAAGCCUGGCCUGCCAUUUGCAUUGGCAUGUUUGUGGCUUUUGGUGGUGUUCUUUUCGGUUAUGACACGGGUACUAUUGGUGGUAUUCUUGCCAUGCCGUACUGGCAAGACCUUUUCUCGACUGGUUACAAGAACAGCAAGGGACACUUGGACGUGUCGCCCGAUCAAUCAUCUGCUAUUGUCUCCAUCUUGUCUGCUGGUACCUUUUUCGGCGCUCUUGCCUCUCCUCUCCUGGCUGACAACAUGGGUCGUCGAUGGGGUUUGAUUGGAGCUUGCAUCGUCUUUAUUCUCGGCGUCAUUCUUCAGACAAUUGCCGUUGCUUUGCCGCUCUUCCUGGCUGGCCGAUUCUUCGCCGGUCUGGGCGUUGGUCUUCUCUCAGCUAUCGUGCCACUUUACCAGUCCGAGACGGCUCCCAAGUGGAUUCGAGGUGCCAUCGUUGGUGCUUACCAGCUUGCCAUCACCAUUGGCCUCCUCCUUGCUGCCAUUGUUGACUACGCCACCCAAAACAGAAACGACACGGGCUCCUACCGUAUUCCUGUCGCCGUCCAAUUCGCAUGGGCAAUCAUUCUGAUUGUUGGCAUGCUCCUACUGCCUGAAACGCCCCGUUACCUCAUCAAGAAGGGGCACAUGGAUCGUGCCGCCCGAUCAUUGAGCAGGCUCCGAAGAUUGCCUCACGACUCUCCAGCUAUUGCAAGCGAGCUGACCGAGAUCAAGGCCAACCAUGAUUUCGAGAUGAGCCAUGGAAAGUCGAGCUACCUUGAUUGCUUCCGCGGCCCAAUGCUGAAGCGUCAACUCACGGGUUGCGGUAUCCAAGCACUGCAACAGCUUACUGGAGUCAACUUUAUCUUCUAUUACGGUACUCAGUACUUCAAGAACUCUGGCAUUCAGGACCCCUUUACCAUCUCCAUGAUUACCUCCUGCAUCAACGUCGCCUCAACCCUUCCUGGUCUCUGGGGAGUUGAAAAGUUUGGUCGUCGACCUCUGCUUCUCUGGGGUGCUGUGGGCAUGUGCAUCAGUCAGCUCCUCGUCGCUGUGCUUGGUACAACCACGACCGGUCAAGACGCUCAGGGUAACGUCCUGGUCUACAACCUCGCAGCCCAGAAGGCCAGUAUCGCUUUCGUGUGCAUCUACAUCUUCUUCUUCGCCUCCACGUGGGGACCUCUUGCCUGGGUUGUUACUGGCGAGAUCUUCCCGCUCAAGACCCGUGCCAAGAGCUUGUCAAUCACCACUGCCACCAACUGGCUUCUCAACUGGGCCAUUGCCUACGCAACCCCCUACCUGGUCAACUACGGUGAAGGCUACGCCAACUUGCAAUCCAAGAUCUUCUUCGUCUGGUUUGCCUUCUGCUUCGUCUGUAUUGCCUUUGUCUACUUUUUCAUCUACGAGACAAAGUCAUACUCCCUCGAGGAAGUUGACCAAAUGUACAAUGAGGUCACAUCAGCCCGCAAGAGCACAAAGUGGGUGCCUCAGACCACUUUUGCAGAGCAACAGAAUGCCUAUGGCGAGAAGAAUGCUGUCGUCGAUGAGCACGAGCACCGUGACAUCGCAUAA